GGCCUGGUUCUGACCUGAUUCCUCCGGACAGACCGACCCAGGGAUGCGGGAUGAGAUGAGGCGCCGCGGACCGAACCAGUCGUGUUAGCCAGAAUGUGAACCAUGUGAAGUUAAAAGCCGGACCCGGCCGGUUCUGGAGGAACGGAUUUACAGAAACAGGGAUGGAGGUGUGCGGCAGGAACCCGAACCGCACGGCGCCGACCCCUGACCCCCAGCGCUCUGAGGUGCCGCUCUGCUCACGGACCAGCUGGACCUGGCCGCCUCACCUCCAGCUGCUGGCCUGGCUGCUCUACGUCUACUUCGCCGUCACCGGCUUCGGCGUCUUCGUCCCGCUUCUGCCGCCGCACUGGGUCCCUGCGGGCUACAUCUGCACCGGCAUCCUGUUCGUGUCCCACCUGUGCGUCCACGUCCUGGCCGUGUCCGUCGAUCCGGCCGACCUCAACGUGAGGAUGAGGAGCGACAGAGGGCCGGUCCCCGCCUUCGACCGCUCCAAACACGCACACGUCAUCGAGAACUGCCACUGCUACCUGUGCCAGGUGGAUGUGGGCCCCAAGUCGAAGCACUGCAGCGCCUGUAACAAGUGCGUUGCUAACUUCGACCACCACUGCCGCUGGCUCAACAACUGUGUGGGCAGCAGGAACUACAAGUUGUUCCUCCACAGCGUCGUCUCCGCUCUGCUGGGCGUCUCUCUGGUUCUGGUCUUCGCCUCCUAUGUCUUCGUCGAGUUCUUCAGAGACCCGUCGAACCUGCGCAGCGACAAACAUUUCCUGGUCCAGAAUCAGACAGGCGUGUGGUUCGUCUUCCUGCCGGUGGCUCCUCUCAGGUCAGCGGCCGCCGUCAUCCCGGUUCUGGCUGCCGUUACCAUGGCGACGGGCCUGCUGUCGUCCGGGCUUCUCUGCCACCUGCUGUGCUUCCACAUCUACCUGAUGUGGAACAGACUCAGCACCUAUGAGUACAUCGUGCGACAGCGCCACCGCCUGGACAGUAGAGACCCGAGGACGGCCGCAGCAGCUAAGCAGAACAGACGUCCAUCUGUCGUCCAGGAUGUGAACUACUCAGGGACCCUGGGGUACACCAACCCCCAGCUGGACGUCCAGCAGGGACAGGCGGACACCUGUGCUGGUUCCGAUCCGGUCCCCAGGUUCCUGGCCAAUGGCAGAGCGAGGAGCGCGUCCGAUCCGGUCCAUGACGAGGAGGCUCCGCCCACCGCCUCCACAGAGCUGAAGGCACACACACACCAACACACACAGAAGAAGAAGAAGAAGAAGAAGGGGCGUCAGGUUGCAGCGGAGGUGACCAGAGGCCACUGCCCACCUGUAGCUCCGCCCCCAGCAGAGUCCUCCUUUGGUCAGCGGCUUCCUUUCCCACCAUUGCCUCUGAGGGUCCCCCAGGACACACCCCCGGCCCCGGGCCCCAUCCAGGCUGCCGCCCCCCCGGCCGAGUACCAUUCGGAUUCUGCCGAGUCCCUGGAGGAAAUCCCCGUGGCGCUGGCCAAGCUGGGCUCCUCGUCCUGCGAUGCCACCGGGGCGUCUCGCCGGCCGGACCGCCGUCUGGCCCGAGCCCACAGCCCCCUGCCGGACCGACCCGCUCCUGUGCUCAACAAGACCAGGAAGAAGAACCUAUCCUCUCGAGUGAACAGAACCACUGCUCAGCUGAGGUUUGAAAUGGCGUCAAAGCCGCCAUCUGUGUUCGUCAGCCGUGCCAGCAGAGAGACGGCUGAAGUUCUCGGCUGGACGCAGAUCGGGUCUAGACCGCUUCUGGAGUCCUGACCGGGUUCGUUGGUUGUGGUCCAGCCUCGAGGACCGAGUUCUGACUUGACACAACAACUGCUGUUGGAAAGGGACUUUUAUUGUGAAAGGUUAUGUGUAUUUAUUGGUGGGCAAGACUUUUAAUUUGAAAGCCAAGGUGACUUCCUCUGAGUUUCAACCCCGUCGGAUCGGACGCCGUUCAGUGGGUUCAGUUGAAACGGAUCAAGGUGAUCACUCAGACUGGACCAAUAUAUUUGGUGAAAAUGUGAACUGCAGAACACUGCUUCCGGGUCAAAGGUUGUUUCUACUCUGCUGUGCCUCUUCUCUUCAUCUUCCUGCUUCUGACCUGAAGUCUGAAUGUGUGGAUGUGAAUUGUUCCUUUAAAUCUGAGAAGCAAGGGGGCGGAGUCAUCUGUGUGAUGUCACUGUUUGCAAUAAACGCCACACUCGCACAAUCCUCUUCAUCACAACCAAAAAACAUCAUUUUACUGAACCAGCUGGGUUGCUGCAUGCAAUAAUACUA